AUGACUGAUAAUUUGGAUAAGUAUUACAAGCUUCAUCACCCAGAAUUUCUAAGUGAAGGAAUGUAAUUACUUAGAGAAUACAUAUACUAUUGUAAAUUUGAUUUUAUAGAAUUAUGUUCUCGAUAUGAUCAAUUCAAAGAUGGUACUAUUUAAGAAAAGGUAUUGAGGGAUGUUUUGGUUGAAGUUUCAAAAAGUUAAUUUUAUUUUACAGAAUUUGAUAUUGCGAGCAUAUUAAAGGAAGCUCCAUAUAGCUCAAAUAGAAAUAUAGAUUAUAAGGAAUUAUAUAAAUAUCUAACAGAGUGUGUACCACCUAAGAAUUCAUAUCAUGUGUUUAAGAAUGCAAUUAUUAGAUAAAAGUAGAAUUCUGCAUCAAAUAAAUUAUUUUUGGAAGAGAUAUAGAAGCAUUUUGAAGAAGAAGUUUCGAAUUAUUUUGAUCGUAAAGCUAUUUAUGAUUUUAAACAUUUCAAUUUAAACUUGUUGGAUUUAGAAUUAUUAAGCACAAAUGCAAUUAAUAUAAUAUUUGAUGAUGUUGUUUAGGAGAAGAUGGCUAAUUUCUCAAAACAUAAUAAUACUAUAAUUUUGGAGAAUUUUCAAAUAUUGAUAGCUAAAAAGAUUUCAAUAUAAGCAUUACCAUAAUUAGCUUUUUAAUUUAUAGCUCCUGAAAAGAUUGAAAUGGCAUUAUUUGAUUUUUUGGGAAUAAGAAGAAAUUAAAAAAUGUUUCCAUUUUUAAUGAAGGAACAAUUCAUAUAAUUAAUGAAAGUGAAAUUAUAUAAUGUUGAAAUGACUUAUGAUGAAUGUUCUCUUCUUUAUUAUUUGAUUUGGAAACGAAAUAAUUUUGGUGAAUUCAAUCUUUUGACAUUUGUUCAUUGGAUUAUGGAAUUGAGACCACUUUAUUAUAAAGAGAUUAUAAAGAUGUAUGAUGCCAAAUAACCUCAUUUAGAAUUGGCUUAAUUACCUAAGAUAUUCAAAGAAUUUUAAGAAAUGGCAAGUAAAUAUACAACAAAUAUGCUCUCUUAAGCAUUUAAGCCUUUUUAAAGUGAAGGUUUGUGUACUUUAGAGAAUUUAAAGAUAGUAAUUAGAUCUUUAGAGAUUGGAUAUAGUUAAUUAGAUUUUAAUGAGUUUAGGUAUUAUUUGGCUAAUCAUGGAUUGUUUACUCUUUCGAAACACUAAUAAUUGUUAUUAAAAGUAUAAGAGUUUUUAUAAACUUUGGUAUAAGAAAACUUUGAGAAAUAAGAUUAAACCGAAAUGACUGAUUUAGAGAAAGCAUAUUAAACACUUUUUAAAUCAAUAAUGUUAUCAAUUUUAAUAAGAUAUGAAGAUAAAGCAUAGAAGAUGAUGUAAGCAGAUUAAUUGAUAGAUGAAGUAUAAUUAAGAAAAAUAAUUAAUGAAGAUUUAUUAUUGGUAGAUUAAACUAGUGUGACAAUGAUAAUUUAAUCUUUGGAACAUAAUAAGGAGCCUUCUUAUUAGUAACCUUUGAGGAUGAUUUAUUUUCCUGAAUUUAUAGAUAAAUUAAGAGCUAGAUUUAAUGAUGAUAUAUAAUUACCAGGACCAUAAUUAGUGCCUUAUGAUAAACCAGGUCCAAAUUUUAAGGAACUUGAACCGACUUUUAAUUAUAAGGAAGGAUAAUUUGUUAGGGAUCCUGAUAAAGCAUUUUCAAUUAAACCUUUAGAUGAUAGAGAAGUAUUAGAGAAAUUGAAGAGAUAAUUAAUAUAACAUUUUAAGAUAGAGGGUUAGAAUGAAUUUGAAAAAUCUGAAAAAGCUGUGUAUGAAUUAUGUUUGGUAUUGAAAGAUUUUGAUAAAAUAAAAUGUGGAAAUAUUAGUAAGGAAUUAUUGUUUGAAAUUCUACGUGAUCUUACAGAAUUGUCACUAUAAGAAAUUAAUAAUAUAAUGGAUUUUGCUAUGGGUGUAUCUAAAGUAGAUGAAGAUUAAUUUUCUUAUUAGUUCUUUUGUGUACAAUUGAAUGAAUUUUAUUAAAAACAUUAAUUAAUUUUGGCUAAAAGAUGA